UCACGCGGCGGCGUGGCGGCCUGGCAGCUAUGGCAGCGGUGCGGGGCCGCAAGCGGCGCCUGGCGGAGCUGACGGUGGAUGAGUUCCUGGCCUCGGGCUUUGAUUCGGAGUCUGAGUCGGAGCCCGAAGGAGCCGCAGAAGCUGAGGCGCGGGUGGCGCGCGGAGCCUCCCGGAUCCCGGGUGGGCCGGCGGGGAGCGCACGGAGCCUCGGCCGGCACAAAGGUCGUGCGUCUGAGCACAAGGACCAGCUUUCUCGGUUGAAGGACAAAGACCCCGAGUUCUACAAGUUCCUGCAGGAGAAUGACCAGAGCCUGCUCAACUUCAGCGACUCGGACAGCUCCGAGGGGGAGGAGCCGCAGCUCCACCGCACGCCCGACGCCCUGGAGGAAGCGAGCGAGGAGGAAGGGGAGGAGGACGAGGACGGGGUUUCCGGAGGACCAAGGGGGAAGAAGAGGCAUUCUCUCCCUGUGACCCUCGCCAUGGUGGAGAGAUGGAAGCAGGCCGCAAAACAGCGCCUCACUCCCAAGCUGUUCCAUGAGGUCGUGCAGGCGUUCCGGGCAGCUGUGGCCACCACCCAGGGCGACCAGGACGGGGCUGAGGCCAGCAAAUUCCAGGUCACAGACAGUGCUGUGUUCAACGCACUGGUCACUUUCUGUGUCAGAGACCUCUUGGGCUGUCUCCAGAAGCUUCUCUUUGGAAAAGCUCCCAAGGACAGCAGCAGGUUGCCGCAGCCGUCCAGUAGCCCGCUGUGGGGGAAGCUCCGGCUGGAUGUCAAGGCUUACCUGAGCUCAGUCACACAGCUGGUGGCCUGCGUGGCGGAGGCGACAGUGGCCGCGGCCCUUCUGCAGCACGUUGGCAGCUCCGUGCCCUACUUCCUGACCUUCCCCAAGCAGUGCCGCAUGCUGCUCAAGCGGAUGGUGGUCCUGUGGAGCACAGGUGAAGAGACCCUUCGAGUGCUGGCCUUCCUGGUCCUCGUCCGAGUCUGCCGGCACAAGAAAGACACCUUCCUGAGCCCCGUUCUGAAGCAAAUGUACAUCACCUACGUGAGGAACUGCAAGUUCACCUCGCCCAGCACCCUGCCCCUCAUCAGCUUCAUGCAGCGGACGCUGACCGAGCUGCUGGCCCUGGACCCCGGCGUCGCCUACCAGCACGCCUUCCUCUACAUCCGCCAGCUCGCCAUCCACCUGCGCAACGCCAUGACCACUCGCAAGAAGGAGACGUACCAGUCCGUGUACAACUGGCAGUUCGUGCACUGCCUGCAGCUGUGGUGCCGUGUCCUCAGCACCAUCUGCCCCAGCGACGCCCUCCAGCCCCUGGUCUACCCCCUCGCCCAGGUCGUCCUCGGCUGCAUCAAGCUGGUCCCCACUGCGCGCUUCUACCCGCUGCGCAUGCACUGCGUGCGCGCCUUGACACUGCUCGCCGAGGGCACCGGCACCUUCAUCCCCGUGCUGCCCUUCAUCCUCGAGGUCUUCCAGCAGGUUGACUUCAACAGGAAGCCGGGGCGCAUGAGCUCCAAGCCCAUCAACUUUGCUGUGAUCCUGAAGCUGUCCAAGGUCAACCUGCAGGAGAAGGCUUACCGGGACGGCCUGGUGGAGCAGCUCUACGACCUCACCCUCGAGCACCUGCACAGCCAGGCCCACAGCAUCGCCUUCCCUGAGCUGGCGCUGCCCGCCGUCCUGCAGCUGAAGUCCUUCCUCCGCGAGUGCAAGGUGGCCAACUACUGCCGGCAGGUGCGCCAGCUGCUCGAGAAGGUGCAGGAGAACUCCGAGUACAUCUGCAGCCUCCGCCAGCGGGCCUCCUUUGGCGUGGCCAACCGGCAGGCGGUGGAUGCCUGGGAGCAGCAGGCCCGCAAGGAGGGCACCCCGCUCACCAAGUACUACAGCCAGUGGCGGAAGCUGAGGGACCGCGAGAUCCAGCUGGAGAUCAGUGGCAAAGAGCGGCUGGAAGACCUGAACUUCCCCGAGAUAAAGCGGCGGAAGCUGGGGGACAGGAAGGAGGAGGACAGGGCUGAAUUCAAGGACCUCUUUGACCUGGACAGUGACGAGGACGAAGCUGCAGGCUUCUCAGAGCAACGAGGUGCAUCCGGGUCCCCUGGAGCUCAGCAGGAGGUAGAGGAGGAUGAAGAGGAUGAAGAGGACGGCAGCAGCAGCAGCAGCGGCCAAGAAGAGGCCAGCAGCUCAGAGGAUGGAGGCCCAGAUGAAGAGGCGGGGCUGGCCCCCCGGGAGCUGUGGCGGCUGCUGGCCCAGGGGCCGGAGGACGAGCUGCAGGACCUACAGCUCUCAGAGGAGGACUGAGGGCCACCGCCUGGGGCUGCGGGGGCAGCCUGCCCGCCCGCCCCAUCUCUGCCACGGGCCUGCAGCUGCCCAGAGGCCUUGGGUCGGUGCCUGUGCAGGGGAAGGACAGCAGAUCCUGGAUGGAGCUUUAUUUUUACAACAUAGAAGACCAGACAGUAUCGAGCGCUGUGCUGAUCCCUGAAGUGGCGUCCUUGGGGACUGGCACCUGCACUGCGGCCCCCGCCCACUGCGGCCCCCGCCCACUGCGGCAUGUCCCUCCGGCCUGAGGUCAGGGUGCUGGAAGCCCGCCCCACGGUCCCAGGUCCAGAGGGAGCCGGGCCAGGGCCAGCACAGCCGCACGUCUUUGGUUUCUCUGCGGCGCCCGGGCUUGGAUCCUGCACCAGGCUCCACCAGCACCCCCGAGUCUUUGGAAACACGUUCCUUUCCUCUUGA